AUGAAAUCAAUGAGAUAAGAUUUUGGUUGUUUGAUGGCUAUUUUAGAAUCACUGAUAUGCAAGUUUAUAUUUUAGGAAAAGACAAAUAAACUGAAUCUCUUAUAUAUAGUGGUGUUGCUUAACAAGGAGUAAAUACUCUUAAAUUUCUUGAUUAACUUGUAUCAAAAGUAAAAUUCUCCAAUGUAAAUGGCAAUAAUGAUAAAAAUUUAUAGCUGUUAUUCAUUUUGA